GGCGAACGGGCGGGAAAGUGCUCGCGGCGCGCGGGGAGACGGUUGGGAUUCGGGCGGUAGUAGUGUCAACAACAACAGCAACGACGGGGUCUCGAACUAAAGUGGCGAGAGCGGUGGAGCCAUGGAUAACUUCCAGAAAGUGGAGAAGAUCGGAGAAGGGACUUAUGGAGUAGUGUACAAAGCAAUGAAUAAAGUCACAGGAGAGAUGGUGGCACUGAAAAAAAUAAGACUGGAUGCUGAAAUGGAAGGAGUGCCAAGUACUGCUAUACGCGAAAUAUCUUUGUUAAAAGAAUUAAAUCAUCCAAAUAUUGUGAAACUGUUAGAUGUUAUCCACAGUGAAAAGAAAUUGUAUCUGGUGUUUGAGUUUCUGAAUCAAGAUCUGAAGAAGUAUAUGGACUCUGCUCCACCUACUGGACUCCCUUUACAAUUAGUUAAGAGUUACCUGUUCCAGCUGCUGCAAGGUGUUGCAUUCUGUCACUCUCACAGAGUCCUUCAUCGAGACCUAAAACCACAAAACUUGCUUAUUAAUGAUGCUGGUGCAAUCAAAUUAGCAGAUUUUGGAUUGGCAAGGGCUUUUGGAGUUCCUGUGCGCACUUAUACUCAUGAGGUUGUAACCUUGUGGUACAGAGCACCAGAAAUUUUAAUGGGAUGUAAAUUUUACUCAACAGCAGUGGAUGUUUGGAGCAUAGGAUGCAUCUUUGCAGAAAUGGUCACAAGAAAACCUCUGUUUCCUGGAGACUCUGAGAUUGAUCAGCUUUUCAGGAUUUUCCGCACGCUUGGUACACCAAAUGAGUCUGUGUGGCCUGGAGUUACACAGCUACCUGACUUCAAAGCAAACUUCCCUCGGUGGCUCAGACAAGAUUUCAAUAAGAUACUACCCAAUCUGGACAUGGAUGGCAAAGACCUACUGAUGCAAAUGCUCCAGUAUGAUCCCAACAAGCGGAUUUCUGCAAAAGUUGCUAUAAGUCAUCGAUUUUUCCGUGAUGUCACUAUUCAACUACCACACUUACAGCUAUAAAUAUUUGGUGGAGUUCACUGGGAACAUGAAGGAAGCAUCGCAGUUUUCUUGCUUUUUUUCAUUUCCAUUUUUAUGUAUUAUUUUCCAAACUAUACAGCUGUUUAUCAGAAGUUGGAAAAUUGUACUUAUAGAGUACAUUGGCAGGAGCCUGAACUGUGAAGGUGAUGACAUGUAAAAAUGUACAUUAGGCACAAUACUUUGAUAAGUUUAAAUUCUGUUAUAGAUUAUUAGAGAUUCUAUAAAACUUGAUUCUAUUUUUAGAUUUGAAAUCCCAUUUUUGUAGACACAUGUUGAAACAGCACAAGCGAGUGGUUGAUAUUUUACAACAGCUAUAAAUCAGUAUGAAAUAUGAGGAUUUACUUCAGAAAGAAGUGUUUUCACGAAUGAUCUUUUUGAGAUUUUACAGCUUGUAAUAACAAUUUUCUGUGGGUUUUUUUGUUCCCCCGUUAGAUGUAUUUUAUGGCAACUUGAAAUGGAGGUAGACCAUUGAACCUCAAUUUGAAAGACCUGAUCUUAAUCUCACUGAGAUUCACCCAUUUUGCUGUCAAUGGGAAAGCUUUCCUAGUUCUUUCUUGAGCUUCCCAGACUUUCCCAUCCAAGUCAAAGGAGGAACCAGAGAUAGGUGGGGGAAAUUUGAAUGUAUAUUUCUCAUGCCUACUUAAAAACCUACCUAACACUGAUUUCAACAUCAAGCAAUUAAGUAAAACUACUGAAUUUAAUUAACACAUAGAUUGUUAAUGUUCCACUACCACCUUUCAUAGUCUAUCUUUCCACUUCCUAAGGUCACAAUUAAUAUAUGAGCUUUAUUUUUAUCAGAAGUGUUUCUGACCACUGAAUUUCAAAUGUCAAUAAACACCGCUUGAAUACUGCAGAAAUUUCAUAUCUAACCACCUGUCUUUUCAGAGCUACCUGGCUCCUUAGUGCUUGUGUAUAUCCCUAUUUGUCCAUCUACCUCUAAUGUGAAGAUUAUUCUAGAUGAACAGAAAACUGGUGAUCCAGGAUCCCAAUGACGAUGUAGUGCAUGCAGCUUUGGUGCAUCUAACCUCCAUGUGAAAAGGAUAUUACAAGGGCAGUCUUCUCAUAUUUUAAAAAAUAAUUUCUUAUGUGGACCAGAAGGAAAGAUAUGUCAGUUUAGUUUUAAAGCAACAUAACUUGACAAUCUGCAGGCCUUUUUUCAGUUUUUUUAAGGCCAUUCCCAAAUAAAGAAAAUAGACAAUACUCCCAAGUCAAGUGUUGAAGUUGUCUUAGAUGAAUGAAUGGCUCAAUGAGUAAAUGCACCAUCUAAUUCCAUAUUGAGCUGUAGAUUAGGAAAAUGCUAGGUUUAAUUUCACAUCUAUGUUGCAUUAAGUGAUUUAAAUAGGUAUUGUAGUUGACCUUACAGAUUCUCAGACUAGGGAAAGGUGAUAACCACUCAGAUUCACGCUCCUGUUCUCUGUCCAUUGUUUCAAACACAUAUGUGGAAAUGGUUGAGUACAGGCUUAAAUUCUUUUAUGCCCUUAAUAUGAUAAUAUGAAGUCACACAUUCAGAACAUUUGAAUGAUGUAGCAGAAGACUGUUGGUAUCUGCAAAAUUGUAGCUGAACAUGAGUUCCUAUGCUUAAUUAAAAAAAAAAUGAAAAAGAGAAAAUUGGAAAGAAUAAAUAGCAUGUGACCUGGGGUAAGCUUUUUCUGUAACCAAUGUUGAGAAAGUGUAUAAAUGGAGUGGUUGGGAUGCUUCCUCAUAUUUUUCUUUCCCUUUCUGUAAGGAUGUAACUGAAAUCCUGUAGAAUAUCUCUACAUGAUAUCAAUUUGUUUUCUUUAAUUCAUUGUGUAUUUUGUUUCUAAUAUAUAAGUUGGCCAAGUUGUGUUGGAUGGUGUUUUACCAUGUUGUUUGCUGCAAAACAAUUGAUUUUAAUACUAGAAUAAUUGUAAGAGUAAAAGGUAACGAUAACAUAAGCUGGUUUGUUAACAAACUGUUAUUCAAGUUAUUUAAUAUUGUGAUCAUUUAUAUUCCAGAUUGCAGUAUGACAAUAUUUAUACCCAAAGAAAAACUGCCUUUUAUUGCUUUCCAAUACCCCGAACUGAAAUUUUGUACUUAGAUUGUAUAAAUAAAUAUUUUUUUACAAGU